UAAAAAAACUGACGUGUCAACACAAAGUGAUCAAUAUUUGAUUUACAUAAAUAGCAUAUUAAAUUUUUGAAAAUGAGUGAAGUAAAAUUGAAUGCUCGGAAAAAACAAAAAACGCUUGAAGAUAGUAAAGAAAAAUUAUUACCAUAUAGCGAUGAGAAACUGGAAAAUCAUCCAAAUUUACAGGGCGAUAUAUUAAAUAUAGUACUUCUGCUUCUACUAUAUUUGCUUCAGGGAAUUCCUCUUGGGCUAACAUCCGCUAUUCCUAUGCUUCUACAAAAUAGAGGAGCCAAUUAUAAGCAGCAAGCCGAAUUUAGCUUUUCCUAUUUUCCAUUUAGUUUAAAAUUGUUGUGGGCUCCAAUAGUAGAUUCAUUAUUCUAUGCCAAGUUUGGAAGAAGGAAAUCAUGGCUAGUACCCACACAAUAUUUAAUUGGAUUAUUUAUGGUAAUUUUGUCCUACCAUGUUGACCAAUGGAUUGGUGGUUCCACUAAUACAGACAAUUUUACUCCUGAUGUAAAAUCUCUCACAUUAAUAUUUUUUGCCCUGAACUUUUUAGCUGCUACGCAAGAUAUUGCAGUGGAUGGAUGGGCAUUAACUAUGUUAAAACGUUGUAAUGUGAGUUACGCUUCUACAUGUAACAGUGUUGGCCAGACGGCAGGAUAUUUUUUAGGAUACGUCGUGUUUAUAGCAUUAGAGUCUAAAGUUUUUUGUAACAAUUACCUUAGGGCUGUUCCUGAAGAAAGAGGAAUUGUAACUUUAUCUCAGUUUCUAUGGUUUUGGGGAAUUUGUUUUUUUGUCAUCACUAGUUUAAUUGCAUUAUUGAAAAAAGAAAGUCCGGAGAAUCAUAAUACUCAAAAUAUGGAAAAACACGAAUUCAACAUUUGGGAAAGUUAUCAAAAUUUGAUAAAAAUUUUGAAACUAAAACCAAUUCAAAUAUUGAUUAUAAUAUUAUUAACAGUGAAAGUAACAUUUUCAGCUUCUGAUGCCGUAAGUUCUUUAAAACUAAUUGACGCUGGUGUACCGAAAGAGAAACUUGCAUUGUUAGCUAUACCAAUAAUACCAUUACAAAUUAUUUUACCAGUGAUUGUCAGCAAAUAUACUAAUGGGCCAGAACCUUUAAAAUUUUAUAUCAAAGCUUUUCUACCAAGAAUGUUAUUUGCUUUUAUAGCUACGGUAAUUGUCGCCGUAACACCAUACAUAAUUAAAAGUGGUGAAGAAAUUCCAAUCUUUUAUUAUGUUAUGCUAAUUAUUAAUUAUGCCAUUUAUCAAAUUUUCUUAUAUAUUAUGUUUGUAUCAAUUAUGGCCUUUUUCGCAAGAAUUUCCGAUCCAGCUGUAGGUGGAACUUAUAUGACAUUACUCAAUACUGUUUGCAAUUUAGGUGGAAAUUGGCCCAACACAGUAGCUUUAUGGCUUAUCGAUGGACUAACAUAUAAAAAAUGUGUAAAUAAUAGUGCUGAAGAUACAAAAAUAACAGCAAAUUCUUGUUAUUCAGAAGAAGACAAAAAUCUAUGCACUGCAACAGGAGGCUUAUGUCAGAUUACUGUAGAUGGUUAUUAUGUAGAAUCACUUGUGUGUGCUGUAUAUGGAAUAUUAUGGUUAACUAUAUCAAGAAAAUGGAUAUAUCACUUACAAAGUUUGCCAAUAAAAGAAUGGCUGAUUGUUAAUAGCAAGAGAAAAUGCAAAUCGAGAUAGCAAUUAGUAGUAUAAUGGAACAUAUUCAAAAUAUGUAUAUCAUAGAAAAUUUCCUUUAUUUUAAUGCUUAGAAGAAAGUUCAAUUUUAAUUUAAUUUUAUUUUGGUGAUGAUACAUUUGGUUCACCAGGGUUUGAAUAUGGAAUUAAAUUGUUAAUAUUUGAAAUACCAUUUAAAUGUUUUGAUUUAUUCAAUGACAUGUUAUAAAACACUAGAUUAUUUUUCCAUUCUUAAUUGCAAUUCAUUCCAUUACGAUUUUUGUCAUUAGGAAUAUUUUGAAAAUAUAAAACUACAUACAUAUUAUGUACUUAUAUGUAUACUGUGUAUAA